AACACAAAUAAAGCAAAUAGAGUCAUUAACACCAAAGCUAUGAGAAGAGGAAAACUGUUGGUGCGCAUUAAUUCACAUAUUAAAUGUUCAUUAAGCCCCAAAAUGAACUUUGAUUCUGUGCGCAUCGAAUAAGAUUAUGGUGAUGUUUAUUAUAAAUUAGUGGGGGCCUAUAUAAGCCGACUGCUUUUGCAUUUUCAUGUUUAGUUUGGCAUAAUGUUCAUUCGGUUUUCGUUUUUGGUUAUAUUUAUUCCUCUGCAACUCGGAUCCGCAAAGAGUAACUAUGAUAUUGUUAUCAAAACUCUCGACUGCGCUAUAUCUAAGAAAUACGUCAAUGAAGUGAACUGUCAACUUUUGCGAAAGCGGAUUGCCAUAAUAUCGGCCAGAUUUAGUAUGAACCAAACCAUUGAUCACUUCGACAUUCAUGCCACGUUCGACUUGAUGAAAAAGGAUAAAAGUCGCAUGAACGUGGCCGAUCUUAAGAUGGAUGGGUGCAGGUACCUAGGCUCGAUGUACCAAAACAAUAUCGUUGGCAAAUUGUUUAAAAGACUUAAAAGUGUCAGUAACUUGCCAAGCCAAUGUCCUGUGAUGAAGGGGAAACUGUACGAGAUCCGCAACUACACAUUUAUUUCGGACGAAUUCCCACCAGGAGCUCCGGAGUCCAAAUGGCAAGUGCGAAUCAAAUUGCUGAAGCGCUCCGAACUGGUUUCAAACAUUUUCAUCGAGGGCUCUGUGGUCUAUAAUACGUGAUGUUAAUGCAUAAUGGAUGCGACUAAAUACAAAUGCUCCAUAACCAUAACCCGCUCGCUGGUGUUUCUCUCCCUUUCUUUUUUUAUGUAUGCACUGGAAAAAAAUAAAUGUUCACCACCAAAGUAC